AGACAAAGAACAGUAGGUAGGUAGUUACUCAUGUAUAUAUGAGUAUCACGCCCAAUCUCUCAAUCGAGAAGCAUACUCUUUCAAAAAGUCAAGACAAAGAGUUUCUCUACACCUCAAGCUCACACUCACCUCCCACUUCACACCUGCGAAGAGAACACACAAUAAUUACCCUAAUAUAAUCAUAAUCACCAUGUCGCUAGCACGUAAAUUCCACAAGCGCCCUCGCGUUGUUACCGGUACAAGCAGCAGAGCCGUUGGCGGAUGGGGAUCCGUCGCGGACAGUCCCGUGCCCUCUGUCGAGAAAGAUAAGGGAUAUCCCAAAUUCAACUACACGGCACCAGACUCCAGGGACUACAGCGAUAACGAAUCUUAUUAUGAAAACCCAUCCUCGCAAACACCGCCCCUGAAAGUCCCAUCCUACGUCCCUGACCAACCCGUCAACCGCAUCCCGGACUUCUCCGACUCCGACGAGGAGGCCGAGUUCACCGCCAAAGUUGAGGCGUACUAUCGGAGGACGGAUGCGGACAAGAGGAACAAAGCGCCGGUGCGGCUGACUGCGCCCAAGCGGAAAAUCACCGAACUUCUCUCUGACGACGAGAUCACCGAUGACGACAACGUAGACGUUAAGGAGGAGGAAGAAGAAGACGAAGAAGCAGUGCCGACAGCGCGGUCCAUAAUGAUAAACAACUUGGUAGACCUCCUGGAGAUGACUGGGAUCACGUUAAACUUCGUCAUCAAGUUGCGAGGAGUCGAUGUCGAUCCAACGGACCUAGAACAGGUUAGGGAGGCGCUUAAUGACUACCUUAAGGACGAAAACAAGCCGUUGGAAACGCCUGCUGAGGACGCAGCCGAGCACGCCGAGGCUAUGAUCGAGCGUCUGUUCGAUAUGCCGCUCCGCGAAUUCCUGCCCCUGGCAUACGAUAUUGCCAACUUCAGAGAUGAGUUGGAAGAGCAGGGAAUUUCUCUGAAUCAAGAGUAGUUUGUAUUUUCACGUUUGAAUUUAGUUGCAUUUGGCGCGAGGAAUUCUAUUAGCUCGGGUAGAAGAUUAUUCUAUUAGGUUCGUAGGUUAGAGGAAAUGGC